AUGGCUGGCUCAGAUAAAAUUAAUAGCCACCCAAUGGAGAACAAUGAUAACGCCCGAAUUAAUUUAACGGGUGCUGAACUAAAAACGUUGGUAGACGACGCAGUUAAGAAGGCCUUAGAGCGGCAGUACGAAGAGUAUAGUGGGACUCGUAGUAGGACCCUAUCUAUACCACAUUCGAAGCCUCCUUCCAAGAAGGAUGAACCCAAGAAGGAAGAUGACGAGCGUCACCCUUCUAAUAAUUACAGCGAUCCGUCUCAACAGAUCAUACUGAAUCAAGGACCCCAUGAUAAGGGUUGCUCCUACAAGGGCAUGGCUGCCAAGGCCUCUAAAAAUGGAAAGAGAAAAAGGGAGGAUGAGAAUUCUCGUCGCUCCGAUAGGAAGAGUUCCGGGUUAAAAAGAGGCAGUCAACAGUCGGUUGAGAAGACCAAGUGCGAAACCUGUAGGAAAUACCACCUCGGGAAAUGCAGAUUCGAAUCUCAGCCCCUACCUUGUGGAAUUUGCAAAUCACAGGAACAUAAAACCCUGGAUUGCGAAAAGCUAAAAGAUGCAACCUGUUACGGUUGUAACGAGAGGGGGCAUGUCAAGACCAACUGCCCUAAGAAUCAGAAGAAACCCGAAGAAGCCAAAAGAACAAACGCAUGA